AUGUUAUCUCCUCAGAGACCGAACCAAAUGCCAUAAACAGAGCAAGCAAUAUUAAGAGGGGGUGGAAACACAGAGAAAAGAGGAGAGAGAGAAGAAGAAGAACAGGAAAUAUGGAAGGUUGAAUACAGCGAAGCAAUUGUUCAUGCAGACCCACCCCCUCCACAGACCACAAUCCUACAUUAUUAUUAUUUUAAUAUUUAUAUUCUUACGUGUGUUUGUGUGUGUGUGUGUAUAUAUUAUAUAAUAUUGCAUAUGGUUGAGAAUAAGAGAAAGUGGUGAUACAGCAAGAAAGGCUAGUCCUUUGGUCUCUGCUGGUCUUCCAUAUUUCCAUUGGCCACCACCUUUGCCGACCAUUGUCGUGGGUUCCCACUGGCAGCUUUUUUGUCUUCUCCUUUCUUUUUUUUUCUUCCAAUAACUUUAAAAAUAUUCAAUAUUUCUUUUUCUCCUCUUAUAUUUCUUCUGACUCCGUUUUAGUGUUUUUGCAUAUAGAUUUUGAUGGGGUGGUAAUAUUUCUCUCUCUCUCUCUCUCUCCUUUUUCCACCCUCAAACAGUAAUGAUUUUCUCGUUAGGGGAAUCGUUGUUGAAGAAUCGGAGGAGUUGUGAAAAAGUGGCGGUUAUAGAAGAGGAAGAAGAAGCAGUCUCAUUCCAAAAAACCAGUCAUUUCACAAAGAAGAAGAACAAACAGAAUCUCACCAACCGCACGAGUGUUUCUCUGUUUUCUUUGAUGUGAUCUUUCAAACGAAACACAAAAGAAAUUUGGGUUCUGGGUUUUUUUCUUCUUUUUUAAAAAAAAAUUAAAAAAUUUAAUCUUUUUGUUUUUUUUGGGUAUUUGUUUUUGGUUUUAAUGAAUCAAGGAAGGCAAAUUCAGAUGGUGGGGGGAAGUAAUUACAUGAACAAUCAAGGGCAAUACAAUGACACAACUUUUACCAAAAUCUUUGUGGGAGGGUUGGCCUGGGAGACUCAGAGGGAAACCAUGAGAAGGUACUUUGAACAGUUUGGGGAGAUCUUGGAGGCUGUUGUGAUCACAGAUAAAAACACUGGAAGAUCCAAGGGUUAUGGAUUUGUUACAUUUAAGGAUCCAGAGGCAGCCGUGAGGGCGUGCCAAAAUCCAUCCCCUGUGAUUGAUGGAAGGAGGGCAAACUGCAAUCUCGCAUUUCUUGGUGCACAAAAGACUCGCCCACCAAUUCCUCUUCAUGGUGCAGGAAGGUUUAGAGCAGCACAUAGGUUGGUGGCGCCACCAGCUGCUUAUCAUGGAUCCUCAUCAACCUAUUUCCCUCAACCCACUGGCCAAUACACAUUUCCUUAUCCAGUUUAUGGGUACAAUGGAUACGCACAAGAUUCCAUGUAUCCCAUGAACUAUUACGGUGUCUAUGGUGGUGGCGGCCAACAAUUCUCACCUUACUACACCACCACAACUGGAGGUGCAUCUGGGCCAGCUGGAAUUUACCAAAAUGUCUACCCAUUAUAUGCUCAAUAUGCUCAGAGUAGUCAGGCUCAUGCCCUUGGUGUCCAAUAUCCCCAAAUGUUACAGUACCCUUAUUUGCCUCAGCCCUAUGGGUCCGCCUCCACAGCUGGGAUCCUCUCACUUCCUCCUCCUUCAAUGCCAAUCACCUCCUCCACAACUACCCCAGGUGAAACAGCAGCCGCAACUGGGGUCACGUCAGCGGGGGCAGACGCCCCACAACCUUCUGGGGUAAAUUCUGGGCAGAGUUCUGCAACUUAAUAUCCACAAAGCAUCAAAACAAUGUCAACUUUUCAAGACUAACAGCAUUGAUGGAAGGGAAGGGGAAAAAUGCCAUUAACAGAACCAGAUUUUAAGCCAUCAUUUCGGAAGAGUUGCCUACUUCUGCAGAUUAAUCACAUCAGCUACUAUCAGAAGAGGGUAAAAGGGUUUCAUCCAAGUGUCAGCAUCCGAUUGGUUCUUCAUUUGCUUCACUAACUUCAUCAUCAUCAUUAUCAUCAUCAAACAUGUUCUUGGUUAGGACAAUUAGGGGGAGUCUAGCUUAUUUUUCAAGUUAGUUGGUAGAAUUAGGGAAGGAAUUCAUUAAUUAAUUAAUUAAGACUCAUAAGUAAUCAUUAAUUCAUGUAAUUGCAUGAAGGUGGAAGCUAAAUGUUGCGCUUUGGUUUCUGCCUCACUAGUCACAACACUAAUUAGCAUUUGGAUUAUGUGUCUGGGAUUGCUGAGAGCAUCCAAUGGCAUAAAGCCACCUCUGUUUAUAUUGGUAAAAGCAAUCGGGUUUCAAAAGAUUUGUUUUAUGUCUUUGAAACACCAGUUUGGUCAAAAGCUUGGGAUAGCUUGAUUGGCCAUUUAACUUGUAACUUUUAUUUUUUUUAAUUUGGUCACUGUUUUUUCAGAUAGGAUGGAUUAAUUUGAAGAAAUAGAAGAUUGUCCUUCUGGUUAUUUUGGUUUUUCUUUACUAUGAUUCUUCUUUUGCACAAUCAAUCAAUCACUUUUGAGGCUUUGAAGAAUGUGCUUGGAAUCCAAGGAGAUCUCUCAUUUUUUAGGCAAUGCAUGGUUUUGCAUAAUUAAUUUAGUAAUAUAACACUUAUUGCAUAUUUGUAUUAUUAUUUGUACUGUAUUUUUAAUAAAAAUAGACUCAUCAACACAUGUGCGUCUCAUCUUUAUAAGAGAGAUGAUAUAAAUAAUGAUACGAAUAUGUGGUGAGAGUAGUAUUUUUAUAAUUAAUUUGAUUUGGUUUUGAGAUUCAAAAUUGAAUUACUUGUCUCAAAUUACAGAACAUGCUUCAAUAUUGAAGAAAAAAAUAACAGUAAGCAGUAGGGGAAUUUCUCCAAUUGCUAGCUGAAUUUUUGCUUUGUGACAAAAGAAAUUCAAGCAAUGUACUAUUGUUUAACUUUAACGAGAGAAGAUAUUUGUCAUCGAA